AUGGCGCCCGGAGCAGUUGUCAAUGAUGAUUUGGAGAAUUAUGGAGCCGACGAUUUUGGCUCGGACCCCUUUGCCGAGUCAGGCGAUGACAAUGCCAACAAAGCAGAUUCACAAUCCAAGAAGCGGAAAGACGCCUCGGGUCUAGGAAUUGAUGAAGCAGUUGCAGUGUCGAAGAAGGUUAGAGUGCCGAGGGUCAAACUUGACGACAAGAAACUUCUAUCAGAUAAAGGUAUUCCCAAGUUGAGGAAGAAGGCAGGAGAUCUCAAAUUCAAAGGCAAAGGCCACGAGUUCUCAGAUACAGCGCGUCUGCUUUCGUUUUAUCAGCUGUGGCUAGAUGACCUGUAUCCCAAAGCCAAGUUCCUUGACGCGCUUACCAUGGUUGAGAAGGCUGGCCAUACUCGAUCCAUGCGAUUGGCGCGAAUGGAUUGGAUCAACGAAGGGAAGCCAAGAAGCGCAACGCAAAUUGACGAGAAUGACGAUUCUGAUCUUCGUGGUCUGGAUCAUGGGCGGGAACCUGCCAUAUUCCCUGCCAGAGUCGCCCCCAUCUUUGAGAAGAGCAACAGACCUGCUGAGAGGCCAAAAACACCCUCGCUAGACGACUUAUUUGGGGACGAUGAUCUAUAUGACGCCACGCCAAAAGCCUCGCGGACGAAUAAUGCUAGUGCGGCCACAAAUCAAGGUUUAGGCAGCAAUGCACCCGACGAGGAAGACGAUUUGGAUGCUCUCAUGGCCGAGGAGGAGGCCCAGAGACAAGCACCGACAUCAAUAUUUGGCAAUGGACAGUUACCGUCAAGACGUGCACCACCACCGUCGGCUCCUGAUGAAGACGAUCUCGAUGCCCUCAUGGCCGAAGCAGAGGCGGCUACCAACGAAAGACCCAAGCCGCAACUACCAGCACGUAAUGAUGCUGAGGAGGAUGACGAUCUUGAUGCUUUAAUGGCGGAGGCAGAAGCUCAAGGGUCUAUACCAGGUUCAAAAUCCAGCAAAACCCCCGGUACAGAGAAAUCGUCAAAAGACGCUAAUGCUGAUGAUGAGGAGGCUAUGGCGGAGAUGGACGGUCUAUGGUGA